GUGCGCAUGCGUUUCGCCGCGUAGUAAGGAAUGGCCGAACACCUGUUCGGCUGCGUUGACACUUCCGCGUUGGUAAAUUUCCACUUUCACUUUGAUUCGUUCAUUUAAUAAGACGCGUGGCAGUGCUAGCGUCCACCGGCGAUUAACUUUACCAAGUGUACAAGUACUCCGUAUCGAGGGUGGCGCCUAAGAAGACGGCUUAUCGGCAUCGGUAGCACUAUGGACCUUGCGGACAACCGAGGCUGGAGGGCCAUUCAUGUGGCGGCCGCCGCCGGCAGGGUGGGCUCCCUCACGCAUACCCUGUCUGCGGCCGCUAAGACUGCUGGCUCGCCGUCGCGCUUCAAAGCGUACGUCAACUCCACCACCCGCAAGGGCGAGACGGCCUGCUACCUGGCGGCCAAACGUGGCAAACUCUCCACCCUCCGCCUCCUCGUCAGAAAGGGAGCCGACAUCAACCAGCAGACCAAGGACCGUUCGUGUCCACUCUUCGCAGCGGUCACUGACGGCCGCAAGGACAUGGUGCAGUUUCUGUUGGCCAAGGGCGCAUUGGUGGACAGGGUGCACACAGCUUCCUGCUGGACGUGCCUUCAUCAAGCUGUCUAUGUGAAUAACGUGGACAUUGUGCGCAUGUUGGUGACGCAGACCAACCUGGAAGCAUGCGACAACAAGGAGAUCACGCCUCUCAUCCUGGCGGCACAGCAUGGACAUCGUGAAUGUGUGGAAGUCCUGUUCCAAGCCGGAGCGGCUCUGCGCAUAACUGAGUGGGGAUUCGUUCUGACCAAAACAGACCUAGUCGAGCUGGUUCUGGACCUCAGGUGGCUUUACCCCCCGAGUUUCCCUGGCAACGAGGCCGACAAGAUUAAGAGUGCGUUGACACCGGAGGAGUUCCAAGACAUGUGCGCGACGGCAUUGGCGCGAUCGGAUUUAGCCCAGGAGUGGCUCCCACCUCUAAUAAGAGCGGGACUCGAUCCCUAUCUGAUGCUGCACACAGACAUACUGAUGGAAGCCAAAGGCAGCAUUGUUAACUUUCUGCUCCAGUUUGUCAACUGGUCAACCUUGACGACGUCUUCCAAAGCCAUAUUGUGCCAUAGGCGAGCAGAAGGCACGUGGCAACCAUUCCCGGAAUUUGACGCCAUCCCCGACCUCUUGCAUCUCUGCCGGCUGCAGCUCAGGUCGAUUAUGGGACCGGACUUGGUGUUGAAUUCGGGCGUUGUGCAGAGGCUCCCCAUGCCCACACCGCUCCACAGCUUCCUACAGUUUAAAGAUAUCCAGGUGGACAACACCGAUUUCUCUUAAUACGAUCGUUGGCUGCCCUAGACGGCGAAUCCAUCGCCCUUCCGGGUCAAAAGACAAUUAGAAGGUGUCACUGAAACAAGAUCCUUUGCUGAAUUUGAUACGUUCACAGUCACGUUUGUUAAAAAUAUGUGUUCAGUUACUGUAUUUUUGUCACAUUUGUGAAAUAAAAACUGGUUUGUAUAAUUGGUACACAUCUGUCCCGACACAUCCUCACCAGAUCUUCGGAAAGCACCAUAGAGAGCUUCCUGAUGAACUGCAUCUCAACGUAAGGAGGGAAUAACGAGGGAUCACUGUCAUGCAUUAUUUAACGUGACCAGGUAGCAACCA